AAGAAGCGCUUGGAUCCUUCCUAACUGUUUUUGUCCAUGCACAUUGGUUUGUUUUAUAUACUAACGUCACAAAUGAACCCUCCAAAAAGCAACUUCAGUAUCAUUGGUGCAGCUUUUCCUCAGAAGAUUCAUAUCAAACUAUGCUUUAAAAAAAAAUAAUGGGACAAGAAUAAGAUCCUUAAAGGUGUUGAGGGCCUAAGGGGACACCAUAGAGUAUCCCUGGAUAAAUGAAUCUUGGAAUACAUCUUAUGCAUUCACAAAAACAAAUCUAGGUUCCUGCAGCCGACUAUUUUUGACCAUUGAAGUGCACUGCAGCAGCCGGCUUUCAGCAGUGCUUCCCCUCCUGAAAAGCUACUUGAUUUCCACUUCAUAACAAUGACCUGCCCUGUCCUGUCCCGUCUGUCCUGGCCACAUCCUCCCUAUCCUGCCCAUCGGUACAAUAUCUUCCGAAUGCUCUUUUGGGGGCGGGAGAAAGCCUCUGCUGAAAGUCGCAGGUUACAGAUAUCAGUGCGAACAAUGGACCAAGGAUAAGGCAGGCGUCCAGCAGCGACUGGGACUUCAUAAUUGCUGUUAAUAAUUAUAGUCGUGAUAAGCGGCCGAGGUGGCAUUUAUUGAUGGAAAAGCUUUCUGAGGUCCCAUUUCAACUCCAGGAGCAAGAGGAGGAAGAAGAGAAAGUGGAGAGUCUGGAUUUGAGACACAUUAGGACAUUUUCAGAGCCACACAGGGACGAGGCAGCGGUCCUGCAGGCAGCAGAGGUGACACGAUGCGUCCGGGAGCUCAGCAGUACGUGGUGGCCAGGCAGCUUUACUCCGAGGAGUCGUUCAACGAGGACCAUGAGAAGGUUUACCGGCACCAGAAGACCAUGCUGAACCACGUCAAGCAGUACCUCACAUGUGACGCCAAACGAGCCAAGAAUGCCGCCCUCUCUCUGUUGCCCAUCAUCGGCUGGAUGAAGAUCUACCAAAUCAAAGAGUGGCUGUUCAGUGACAUCGUGUCCGGCAUCAGCACAGGCCUGGUAGCUGUCCUGCAAGGUCUGGCGUAUUGCCUGCUGGCCUCUUUGCCGCCCUGGUAUGGACUUUUCUCCGCCUUCUUCCCCGUCAUCAUUUACUUCUUCCUGGGCACCUCACGACACAUCUCAGUGGGUCCGUUCCCGGUCUUGUGUCUGAUGAUCGGCUCGGUGGUCACCAGGCUGGUUCCAGACGAGGGUCCGCCAACCAACAUCACCGGGUUCGAAGGCCUGACGAGAGACGAGCAGAGGGUGCUGGUGGCUUCGUCUGUGACCUUCCUCGCCGGUAUCAUGCAGCUUGCAAUGGGUGUCCUGCAGGUGGGCUUUGUUGUGAUGUACCUGUCCGACACGCUGGUUUCCGGCUUCACCACAGCCGCCGCCGUGCACAUCCUGGUGUCCCAGCUCAAGUUUGUGUUGGGGUUAACGGUUCCCGGCAUCAGCGGCCCACUCGCUCUCAUAUAUACCCUGGAGAUCAUUUUCAAUCAGAUCACCUCCACCAACGUGUGUGACGUGGUGAUCUCCUUGGUGAUCAUGGUGGUGGUGUUCAUCGUGAAGGAGCUGAACGAAAGGUUCAAAUCCAAGCUGCCGGUGCCCAUCCCCAUAGAGGUCAUCAUGACGGUGAUUGCAUGUGGAGUUUCAUACGGGUUUGACUUCAAGACAAGAUUUGGCAUUGAUGUGGUCGGCUUUAUUCCACAAGGGUACGAGCCUCCGAUGGCCCCAAACUUGCACAUCUUCCAGGAGACAGCCGUGGAAGCUUUCCCAAUGGCCAUCGUGGGUUUCGCUGUUGCCUUCUCCGUGGCAAAGGUCUAUUCUGUGAAACACGACUACACCAUAGAUGGAAACCAGGAGCUGAUCGCUUUUGGAGCCAGCAACAUCUUCGGAGCUACCUUCAAGUCGUUCGCUGCGAGUACAGCUCUGUCCAGGAGCGCCGUGCAGGAGAGCACAGGUGGAAAGACUCAGAUAGCAGGUUUACUGUCAGCUAUUAUCACCAUGAUCGUUACACUGGCCAUUGGAUUUCUUCUGGAGCCGCUCCCAAAGUCUGUGCUUGGUGCUGUGGUCCUCGUCAAUCUGAAGGGCAUGCUGAUGCAGGUUAGAGAGGUCCCUUACCUGUGGAGGAGGGACAAACCAGACUGUGUGGUGUGGUUAGCUACCUGUAUUGCAUCCAUCUUGCUGGGGCUGGAUCUCGGGUUGGCUGCAGGCCUCGGGGUCGAGCUGAUCAGCGUCGUCAUCAGGACUCAGUUCCCUCGCUGCAGUGUGCUGGCAAACAUCAAAGGAACUGAUAUCUACCGAGACAGAAAGGACUAUGUUGAUAUAUACGAGCCAGAGGGAGUGAAGAUCUUCAGGAUACCGUCGCCAAUCUUUUUUGCCAACAUCGACUUCUUCAGGACGAAGCUGGUGGAAGCUGUUGGAUUCAACCCGCUGAGAGUGUUGAGAAAGAGAAACAAGGCAGUGAGGAUGAUCCGGAAGCUUCUUAAGAAGGGAGACCUUCAGUGGACCUCAAAAGGCUUCAUCAACGCCUCCUGUAGACCUAUCAAGGAGUCGGAGGAUGAGAGCAACAUGGAGGAGUUGGACCUGCCGACUGACUUCAAAGACCUUCCUGCCCGGAUCGACUGGAACGCCGAUCUUCCCGCAAACAUCAUGGUUCCCAGAGUGGAUCUGCACAGCCUGAUCCUGGACUUUGCUGCCGUCUCCUUCCUGGACAUCUCCGCCCUGAAGGGACUCAAAACGGCGCUGAAAGAGCUGAUUCGGGUUGAAGUUGAGAUCUACAUUGUGGCUUGUGAUCCCUACAUCCUGCAGAAGCUGCACGACUGCUGCUUCUUUGACGACGAGGUUAAGCCGUCGAUGUUCUUGACCCUGCAUGACGCCAUGCUGCACAUCCUCGAGAAACAUCCAGGGUCCACGGAAAAGAAAUCUGAAUACAACAAGAUAAUAACAACGGUCACGAUCCAUCACCCUGGAGGCAGUUUGAGGAGCAGAGAUAGACAUGCUCCAGAUCCAGAAACCAAGUUCUAACUCCUGAAUGAGAAGACGAUGAUUUCUUGACACCAAAUAAAGGACCAAAGAGUAAAUGUUUUACAAAUCACGCUGAACAAUACCCUGACGAGAUGCUGUCUUUGUACCUUCGAUGAUCUGAGUUUACAUAUACGGUGUUUACUGUAAAUGUGGCAAAACUAAUUUGCUGGUAUUGAUGUUUUUUAUACUGUAUAUAUAUAUAGUGAAUUUGUAGAAAAUGUAGGUGCAAUAUAUUUGACAUGUUUUAUAGUAUUUUCUUGAUAAUGAUAAUGAACUGACUGGGAGCAAAGCAAUGUGAACAAGAGUGAAUGAAGUGACUGAAAUAAAUAUUUGAACACUCGAAAUGA